CCGAUGCCUAUACACGCCCAUUUCCUGUACUCUAAACGAUUGCAUCGGAUGUCUUCUACUCUGGUCUAACCAUGCUCUUUUGACCGUUUUAUAAGUACGUAGCCAACGAUAGGCUUGCAUCACCAGCGUUGAAGAGGCUGACCGAUUUCAUGUUUGUUGAACUUGCUAGUUGUCUCAUGUCGACAAUGUAAUGCAGCUCCGACAGAGAUGGUGUCCGGACACUGCUUAUUUCUCACUGUGCUCCAGCUGUUUGUUUUGUUGGCUUGGUUGACUUCAUAUGCUGAAGGCAGAAGUCUGAAAUGCUCUUCAGGGAAGCCAUGCUCGGACAGAACCCCUGUGAUUAUAAUUCCAGGCGACCUGGGCAACCAGCUGGAGGCCAAGCUGGACAAGCCCAGUGUGGUCCACUACAUCUGCUACAAGAAGACCAAUGACUAUUUCACACUAUGGCUCAACCUCGAACUGCUGGUGCCCAUUGCCAUAGACUGCUGGAUCGAUAACAUGAGGUUGAUCUAUAAUCGCACCACACGGACCAGUGGGGCGCCAGAGGGAGUAGAUAUCAGAGUACCAGGGUUUGGGGGAACAGAUACGGUGGAGUACCUGGACCCCAGUAAACACAGUGUGGGAAUGUACUUUUUUGCCAUAGUGCAAGGGCUGGUUAACGAUGGCUAUGUGAGAGGCGAUGACAUCCGUGGGGCUCCUUAUGACUGGAGAAAAGCACCUAAUGAAAACAAGGCGUACUUCUUGGCCCUGCAGCAGAUGAUUGAGGAGAUGGCCCGUAAAGCUGGAGGACCAGUGGCGCUGAUCGCCCACAGCAUGGGCAACGUGUACACACUCUACUUCCUCAAUCAUCAGCCGCAAGCCUGGAAGGACAAAUACAUUAAGACCUUUAUCUCGCUAGGCGCGCCAUGGGCUGGUGUUGUCAAGACGGUCCGAGUAGUGACCUCUGGUGAUAAUAACCGCAUCCCGGUGAUCAGCUCGCUGAAGAUUCGUCAGCAGCAGCGCACGGCAGUGUCCACCAUCUGGCUGUUCCCCAACGGCAACAUCUGGCCUGCAGACCAGGUCCUUGUCCAGACUCCCACCACCAAUUACACCGUACGCGACUACCAGCGCUUCUUCCAGGACGUGGGCUUCCCCGACGGCUGGGAGAUGCACAAGGACACGGAGCACCUGGUGGGUGACCUGGAGCAUCCUGGUGUGCCCGUUCACUGCUUAUACGGCAGCGGUGUGCCCACGACACAGAGUUACCAAUACACUACGUUCCCUGACUCGGAGCCGGACGAGGUGACGUUUGGUGAUGGCGACGGCACGGUCAACCUGCUCAGUGCCAUCCAGUGUAAGCACUGGGUGGGAAAGAUGGCGUACCCAGUCAAGCUCGUGGAGCUCCCUGACAAUGAGCAUGUCAACAUGCUGCUCAACCAGACCACAGUGGCCUACAUUAAGGCUGUGCUCAACCAGCCCUGAUCCUUGAAGACAUAAACGCACAAACACCAUACGUAAACCCUCAAACAUCUGUGGCUUGCAUCACGGCCAACGCUCAAGACACUUUAACCCUCAACGGUGGCGUGCAUCACAACAGCCCUCGACUUCUGAGCCCCAGUUGUACAACCCCAACCCCUUAACCUGUCAUACCCCCUCAGUCCAGGUAGAUGCGGACUCUACAGCAGGUCUGGCAGUGACCUCGUGCAGAGCUAGGGCCGCCCUGUACCUGACCGAGCUAACUGCUGUUUGGGUCCAAACCUCCGAAACACCUUCAUGCAUAAGUCCUGAGAGGAUGAAGCCACUGCCGCCAACUGACCCUGCCAACCACAGUGGACCAGGAGUCUGUUAUUCAAUGGAUGAGAGAAGUACCUUGUUUCUGAUGGUUUAUGUGCCAUUACCAAUGAAGAACAGAGUGGCUAGCUAGCUCUCAAUUUAACUCUGAUUUGAAUUCCUACUCUUUCUAUAGUGUUCUACUGUUGUGGUAGGUCCUGCCAGGCCAUUUGGACUGACCAUUCCUCUUGUUGCUAAUGUCAGAGCGUAUAGUUGUGACAUGUAGUGCCUCUGUUCUGUAUCUACUCUGUGGAAAAGAGUAGGCCAUCUCCUGUUUUGCAAAAACCUUAACAGGAUGAGAUUGCUUUAUAGAAAUGUGUUAAUGUUUUUUUUUUUUUUUAUUAUCAAGUUUUAUUAACUGGUGGACAUACAGUAUUGAUUUGAUUGAUUUUAGAAAGAUAAUUGUUAGAGCCAUUUUAAGUGUUUAAUUGUUCAGGUAUGACUUCAUCCUCUAUCUCUUAUCUUGAUGUUGUGAUCUUAUUGUUAUUAACACAUGAAUUACUAAAAUGGAAGUGUCAUAUCAGCAGUUAGAGCUUGAGAAGGGACCAUGGGGCCCUGGGAAUUCUGGUUCUGACUGUUUUUCAAGUCAUCAAUAUUUGUCAUUUGUUUUUAUUUAUUGACAUUUCAUGACAUGUUUUUUUUACCUUAGAAUUGUUAUGCUUAUGCUAUAUACCACCUCUCAGCAUCAUAGUGUAAUUUUUUUAAGGUCACACAUCUGUUGCGUUGCAAAAAUGCAGCGACAAUCAAGGGUGGAGGCAUGGUCCAAAGCCUGCCUGUUAUCAGGGUUCACAUGACUUUGAUGGCCUGGUCAACUUUUACAUUUCUACUAACCACAGUGGUCUAACAUUGUUACUAGGCAUGCGUGUUACCAAUGGUCAUAUUGAAAGACAAAUCGGGCAUCUCGUCGACUCGGCGCACACACACGCAGGUGAAUCGAUCAAUGUGAAAAUGCUGGAAAUUACUGUUUGUAUUGUUCACAAAUAUUUGUGCUUACUGGAUGAUAAUAUUUAAAAUCUACCAAAGAACAA